AAAACCCUCAUCUUAAGCACCGACUCUUAUCUCUUUUUUUCUCUCUCUUCGUCUACCGAUUCUGGAACUCUCCAAACCCUAACCCUAGCUUCCAUUUCCUGUAUCAAUCACCGCGUGGAGCGAUCGAAAUCCCGUGUCGCCGUAGUAAUUAAUAAAGCUCCCUUGGUUUUCCAUUGCGAUCGUUGGAUCGAGCUAUUUUAAUGGCGGCCCUCAAGGAACUCCUUCCUCCGGCGAAGUCGACCACCGUCUCCCACUACGACCAUUCGAACGAUCCAUGGUUCAAGGAGAGGUACGGCUCCUCAUCGGAGCAGACCGGCUCCUCCGUAAUCAAACCUAACCCAGCCCCUCCGUAUGGGAAGCGCUCUGGCUUCAUCCCUCGGAGACCGGAGGAUUUUGGCGAUGGAGGUGCAUUCCCUGAGAUCCAUGUGGCCCAGUACCCCUUCGGCAUGGGCCGGAAGGAUGAGAGGCCCGGAUCCAAGAUCCUCCCCCUCACUGUCGAUUCGAAGGGUAAUGUCGCCUUCGAUGCGGUCGUUAAGCAGAAUGAGAACGCCUCCAAGAUCAUCUACUCGCAGCAUAAGGACCUCGUCCCGAAGAUUGCGGCCGAGGACCAGAAGCAGUCGGAAGAGUAUGACAAGGAAAUUGAGGAGACUACAGAGAGGACUAAAGCUGCUUUGGAGAAGAUAGUCAACGUUAGGUUGAGCGCCGCGCAGCCGAAGAAUGUCCCGACCCAUAACUCGGAAUCCAAGUUUAUCAAGUACAAGCCUUCGCAGCAGUCUGCGGCUUUUAAUUCGGGUGCAAAGGAGAGGAUCAUCAGGAUGCUGGAGAUGCCUGUGGACCCGCUUGAACCCCCGAAGUUCAAGCAUAAGCGGGUCCCUAAGGCAUCUGGGUCCCCACCUGUGCCCGUAAUGCACUCGCCGCCUCGUCCUGUGACCGUAAAGGACCAGCAGGAUUGGAAAAUCCCACCGUGUAUUUCAAAUUGGAAGAACCCUAAGGGUUAUACGAUCCCAUUAGACAAGCGGCUGGCGGCUGACGGCCGGGGCCUACAGGAGGUGCAGAUCAAUGACAACUUCGCAAAGCUGUCAGAAGCAUUGUACGUGGCGGAGCAGAAGGCUAGGGAGGCUGUUGCAAUGCGGUCGAAGGUGCAGAGGGAGCUGAUGAUGAAGGAGAAGGACAGGAAGGAGCAGGAGCUCCGGGCUUUGGCCCAGAAGGCUCGCUCGGAGCGGACGGGCCUUGCACCUGCUCCGGCUGGUCCGGGUCUAGUUGAUAGGAGCAUGCCUGAUGCUGGUGAGGUGGAUGCAGAGCCCCCUCGAAGGGAAACGAGGGAGGAGAGGGAAGAGAGGCUUCAGAGGGAUAAGAUUCGCGAGGAGAGGAGGCGUGAGAGAGAGAGGGAGAGGAGGUUAGAAGCUAAAGAUGCAGCGAUGGGCAAGAAGAGUAAACUCACUAGGGAUAGGGAUCGUGACGUUAGUGAGAAGGUUGCCCUUGGAAUGGCGAACAUCGGAGCUGGGCGUGGUGGGGAGGUUAUGUAUGAUCAAAGGCUCUUUAACCAGGACAAGGGAAUGGACUCUGGGUUUGCUACUGAGGACCAAUACAACAUUUAUGACAAGGGUCUUUUCACGACGCAGCCUACACUUUCUACGCUUUACAGGCCUAAGAAAGAUGGGGAUGAAGAUAUGUAUGGUGCGGAUGAGCAGCUGGAGAAGGUUCUCAAGACUGAUAGGUUUAAGCCUGACAAGGCAUUCUCGGGUGCUUCAGAGAGGCCAUCUGGUAGCAAGAGAGACCGGCCAGUGGAGUUUGAUAAACACGAGGAGAACGAUCCUUUCGGUUUGGAUCAGUUCUUGACUGAAGUGAAGAAGGGGAAGAAGGCUGUGGAGAAGAUUGGUGGUGGAGGGACCAUGAAAGCUAGUGCGGGUUCUUCAAUGAGAGAUGACCAUGAGGGGGGAGGAUCUGGAAGGACUCGUAUUGCAUUUGAAAGGGGGCGUUGAGAAGUCUUUGUCAGGUCUAGAUUUGCUUUUGCUGCUCCUAUAUAAAGGGCCUGAAAUCGAGGAAACUGUUUAAAUAACGAAGAUAUGUUCUCCUAUCUAUGUUUUUGCAUAGUUGUUGUAAUCUUUUUAAUGCUGUAUCUUAAGAGAUGAAACUCUCUUAAAUGCUUUGAUUUGGAUGCUUCAAAUUAAACUGUUGGAAUUGCAAGCUUAUAGGAAGUCAAUAUGUCAUUUCAGUUUAACUGUUGAUUUUCAGCUAUGAUUAGUAAAGGCAGCUUGUAUGCUCUUAGCUAAGAGACACAAAUCUGAUGCAAAAUGCAUAAUUUGUCUAUUA